ACAUACAGGAGAGAAACACACACACACGCGGCCACAAGCAGCAGAGGGUUUUCGCUGAAAAGAAGCCUUUGUUUUUCUUUUAAAGCAUCGUUUCAAAAAGGAUAUAAUCCCUCUUUUCAAUUUUUUUUGCCUCUUUUAAGCUGCUCCGCCUGCUCCUUCGUUGCUGCGAGAGAGAUAGAGAAGACGACAAAAGGAAAAAACCUAAAACUGUGAACGACGUCGUUUCCUUCUCAGAUCUGACACACACAGAGACAGAUAAAAGAGAAGAGAAGAGGGGGGGUUAUCCCGGUGAGAGAGAGUGAGGAUGAGCGGGAAAGGAGGCGGAGGUGGAAAUAAUGGGAUAGGGAAGGGUAAUAAUAGUGGACUUUCAGGUAUUCCGCCUGGGUCUCGCAAGAUGGUCCAGAGCUUGAAGGAGAUUGUUAACUGCCCUGAACCUGAGAUCUAUGCUAUGCUUAAAGACUGUAAUAUGGACCCUAACGAGGCUGUCAAUCGCCUCCUCUCUCAAGAUCCUUUUCACGAGGUGAAGAGCAAACGAGACAAGAAAAAAGAGAGCAAGGACUCAGUUGAUGCGAGGUCUCGUGGUGCCAAUAACCUUGGGAGUCGUGGUGGUAGGAGUGGUUCAGACCGAUAUACUGGGCGUGGUGGUUCAUCCCAUUACAGUUCAAAUGAGUCUGGCCCUUCACAUGGUAAACCUGCACAAAAGAGAGAAAAUGGAGGUCAUCCUGUUGCAGGGUCUUCAUCUUCUGCAUCUGGUAUGCAAGGAAAUAACAUGAAUCGUCGACCUCAAUCCCACAGUGAAGUUGCAGUUUCAGAACAUAAAAUUUCCACGGUAGGUUUAGGUGAUGGGGUUUCUUCUUCAUCACAGCCUACUGGAUACCAAUCUGCUUGGUUGGGGGUUCCAGGUCAAGUAUCAAUGGCUGAUAUUGUGAAGAUGGGCAGGCCACAAAACAAGACUUCUGUGGUGCCAAACCCAUCUCAGCAAAGCACUAAUAAUCGGCAUCAUGUGGUUCCUCCUCCAGCAGCAUUACAGUCCAACUUACAGGACCAGGCUUCCAAGGUGGCAGAUAUUUCUUAUGAGCCUGAUGGCACCAAAAAUCAGCAGGUUUCUUCAAGAGAUGAAUGGCCCCCCAUUGAGAAUCCAUCUGCUGCUAGUGUGACCUCUGUCUUAGAGUCCCCUGCAGAAUCUGGACUUUAUGCUAAUGCAUCUAACUUGCCCUUGGGUAGAAGUAAUCAAAUUUUGAAAUCCCAGUUGGAGGAAGCUCAGGCAGUGGAUGAUGGUCCUCUUGAAACUGUCAAUAAUAACCAUGUUAGGUCCCCUUCUAUUUCAAGUAGAAAUAUACAAGAGGAUAACUCCAGAGGUUCAUCUCUUUAUGAUAACGACUUAUAUAAGGACAUGAAUUCCUAUCAGCCUCAAAUACCUGCCUUUGAGAACGAAGAAGCUGAAGAUGGUUCUUCAUCAGUAGCUGUGGAUUUGCAGCAACUUAAUUUGCAUAAUGAUGAUAGGGAGCCCCCAACUGAAGAGGAUAAUCCUUCUGUAAUAAUCCCAAAUCAUCUACAAGUCCACACCCCGGACUGUUCGCAUUUGAGUUUUGGUAGUUUUGGACCUGGAAUUGGUUCUGGCUUUUCUGGACAAUUUGCAUCAAUGGCCUCAAAGAAUAAUUUGGAUGAUGUUCCUGAAGUAGCAGAUGCAUCAUCUAUUGGGCACUCAGAUAAUAGGAAUCCCGAGUACUAUGCUGAUGAACAUCUCAGAAGUGACACGGAAGGAAAUAUAAUAAAUAGAAGUAAUGUUAGCACUGCAAACUAUGAGGUUCCUGAAGAUUCUCAACCAGAGGUUUUGAAACAGGAUGUUUCUGAAGCUGCCCAAGGGAGCCAAUAUUCAUUUCCUCCAUCUGCGUCUGGUUAUAACUAUGAAAACUCUGAACAAUUAAAUCCUUCUUUCGCUCAUAUGCAGACAAGCUCUCAAAUGCAAAAUCUCAAUCCUUUCUCAAGUGUAAUGCAAGCAUAUACAAACUCGUUGCCGAGCACUUUGUUGACAUCAACUGUUCAGACUGCAAGGGAGCCAGAUCUUCCAUAUUCACCCUUCCCUGUGACUCAGUCGAUGCCAACAAGAUACAGCAAUGCCACCUCUUCCAUUAGUGGUCCAACCAUUUCUAUGCCAGAGGCUCUAAGAGCAACUGGUAUUUCUGCAGCGCAGCCCACACAACAGUCACUGCCUGGUGCGAGUGUUGCUACAGGACCUGCACUUCCGCAACAUCUAGCCAUGCACCCUUUUCCCCAACCUACACUUCCAUUGGGACACUUUGCCAACAUGAUUAGUUAUCCUUUCUUACCUCAGAGUUACACCUAUAUGCCAUCAGCUUUCCAGCAAACAUUUACUGGUAAUAGUAACUAUCCUCAGUCCCUGGCAGCAAUGCUCCCCCAAUACAAGAAUAGUGUUUCUGUAAGCAGCUUGCCUCAAUCUGCUGCAAUUCCAUCUGGCUAUGGGUUUGGGAGCUCUACCAACAUCCCUGGAGGACUUCCUCUGAAUCCACCUACUGCACCUGCGGGGACAACUAUUGGCUACGACGAUGUUCUUAGUUCUCAGUACAAGGACAAUAAUCAUUUGAUGUCACUCCAGCAGAAUGAGAAUUCAGGCAUGUGGAUUCAUGGCCCUGGCUCACGAACGAUGUCCGCUGUUCCUGCAAGCACAUAUUACAGCUUCCAGGGGCAGAACCAGCAGGCUGGUGGGUUUCGACAAGGGCAACAACCACCUUCACAGCAUUUUGGGUCACUUGGAUACCCAAAUUUCUACCAUUCACAAAUGGGAGUAUCGCUGGACCCUCAGCAGCAAAACCCUAGGGAUGGGUCCCUGAGUGGGUCUCAAGGCCAGCCACCAUCAAAGCAGACCCAGCAGUUAUGGCAAAACAAUUACUAAUCUCGUCUCCUCCUGGUUUUUCAGGGUCUUAUAGUGAGUUUGAAAGUGGCCAAUCAAAGGGCCUUCUAGCGACUGAGAAUAACUAUACGUGCAGAUAAUCAACAAUGAUGGGUCUGAAGAGACUUUGGCUGGCUACUGCCCUGUGCCAUGAGGUUGUAUUCUACUUUUAAUUUAUUGUUCUGUUCUGUUAUGUUAACUUAGGAACACAGUGUGCUAAUUUGGGAUAGUGGACUUGCUUUACCCUUUUCACUUUUUCUUCCUUGAUUGUUUCCUUGCCCCUCUAUUUCUCUUAUAGUAAAAAAUUUGCCUCCUUUUUCA